UCACUUGCUCGCUGACUCUUCUAGCGCCCUUCCCGCUCCCGGGCCGGAAGUGCGAUGGCUUGCCGCUCUUGCGUCGUUGGCUUCAGCAGCUGUGAGGUGAUCCCGGAGGGCGGCCCCCGGCCUGGGACCUUGGAAUGGGGCAGCUGUGGGGCCCCCCAGCCGGGCUUCAGCUCCCGCAGCCUCACAGGCUGCCAGCCGAUUGGCACCAAGGUGACCUUAAACCCCAGCCUGCUGGUGCCCCUGGACCUGAAGGUGGACCCAGCCAUCCAGCAGCAGAAAAACCAGGAGAAGGAGGAGAUGAAGAUCCUCAAUGAUAAGUUUGCCUCCCUGAUUGGCAAGGUGCAAGCCCUGGAGCAGCGCAACCAACUGCUGAAGACCCGCUGGAGCUUCCUGCAGGGCCAGGACUCAACCACCUUCGACCUAGGGCACCUCUACGAGGAGUACCAGGGCCGGCUACAGGAGGAGCUGCGCAGAGUGAGGCAGGAGCGAGGACAGUUGGAAGCCGACCUACUGCAGGUGGUCCAGAAGGUGGAGGAGUUUCGAAUCAGGUAUGAGGAUGAGAUCUCCAAGCGCACAGACAUGGAGUUCACCUUCGUCCAGCUGAAGAAGGACCUGGACACAGAGUGUCUUCGACGGACUGAACUGGAAACUAAGUUAAAAGGCCUGCAGAGUUUCGUGGAGCUGAUGAAAACCAUCUAUGAGCAGGAGCUGAAGGACCUGGAAGCCCAAGUAAAGGACGUGUCAGUGACCAUGGGCAUAGACAAUCGUUGCCACAUUGACCUGAGCAGCAUCGUGGAGGAGGUGAAGGCCCAGUACGAUGCCAUCGUGGCACGCAGCCUGGAGGAGGCAGAGGCAUACUCCCGGAGCCAGCUGGAGGAACGAGCUGCCCGCUCUGCAGAGAUCGGGACUAGCCUGCAGAGCAGCCGCAGCGAGAUCGCAGACCUCAACGUGGGCGUCCAGAAGCUCCGAUCCCAGAUCCUCUCCAUCAAGAGCCACUGCCUGAAAUUAGAGGAGAACAUCAAGGUCGCGGAGGAGCAGGGUGAGCUGGCUUUCCAGGACGCCAAGGACAAGCUGGCCCAGUUGGAGGAGGCCCUGCAGCAGGCCAAGAGGGACAUGGCAUGGCAGCUGCGCGAGUACCAGGAGCUCAUGAACACCAAGCUGGCCCUGGACAUCGAGAUCGCCACCUACCGCAAGCUGGUGGAGGGCGAGGAGAGCCGGAUGGAGCUGCCCUCAGCCUCCGCCGUGGUCAGUGCUGUACAGUCCCAAUGCAGAACUGCCCCUCCCUUGCCCCAUCCCCUAUUUCCCCUGUAGCUGCCUCCAAGUUAGGCCCCUCCAAGGCCCCCUCCCGGAAGAAGAGGAAGAACACCAAAGGCCACGUGAUCAAAAUCACCGAAAUGUCAGAGAAGUUCCUCUC